AUGAGCUUCAGAUCCAUCGAACAGUUACUUAGGAGGAACAGCAAAACCAAAAUUUCUCGCAAUAUUGUUGACGGUGUCCAUGACCAGAAGGAAGAGCAGUUGGUGCAAUCCUUGAGGGAGUUACUUCUUGCAAGCAACCAGCUCCCAGAUAAGUUUGAUGACUACUAUGUCCUUCUACGCUUUCUUAGAAUGAGAGGCUUCAACAUCUUAAAAGCAAAAGAGAUGUUCUUAAAUAUGUUAAAAUGGCGUGAAGAUUGUUCUGUUGAUGCCAUCGCAAACGAUUUUAAAUUUGAGGAGUAUGAUGCUGUGAAAAGAUGCUAUCCUCAUGGAUUUCAUGGAGUUGACAGAUUUGGCAGGCCUCUAUAUAUCGAACGGGUUGGCUUGGUGGAUCUCAGUAAGCUCAUGCAAGUGACUAGUAUUGAUCGAUAUGUAAAAUAUCAUAUAUCAGAACAAGAAAAAACUAUAUCUUUGAGAUAUCCUGUUUGCUCACUUGUGGCUAAAAGGCACAUAGCCUCAACAACAGCCAUAUUCGAUGUGAAAGGACUGGGGUUGAAUAACUUUUCAAAAUCUGCAAGAGAGAUGUUCGCAGAGAUCCAAAAGAUCGAUAGCAAUUACUAUCCAGAGACAUUAAAUCAACUUUAUAUAAUUAAUGCUGGAACUGGAUUUAGAGCACUGUGGAAGGUAUUGAAAGCAUUCAUGGAGGCAAGAACGUUAGCAAAGGUUCAGGUUCUGGGGACCAAUUACCUUAACACAGUAUUAGAAGCUGUUGACCAAAGCAAUUUACCAGACUUUUUAGGCGGAACAUGCACUUGUCCAACAGGAGGAUGCUUACUCCAAGAUAAAGGACCCUGGACUGACCCAGAAAUGGUUCGUGCUUCUAAGGAAGCAUUUGGUAAAGGUCAGAAGUCUUUCAAUGAAUUGACUGCCACAGUUGCCUGUGAAAGCUUUACAGGUUGUCAGGUUGGAAUUGAUACAGGUGAAAAUAUUCUGCAGAAACAAGUCGAUGAACAGAUCUCGGAGAAGAUCCGAGAACUUGAACACUGCGCUGUUCAGAGUAAUGAGGUGAGCAAAGGAACCCAAAUUCAAGAAAUUGCAGCCAAGAAAAUAUUCUACAUAGCAACUGAAUGUAGUUUCUUUGUAAUUCAGACCCUGCAGACACUAAUAUGUAAGCAACAAGAACUCACUGGCCACAUCGAACAGCUGAGGAAAAUCCUUCAGUGA